AUGCCACAUGUUUGGCAGAGCAGCUUGUUCAAUAAAAGAGCAGCGAAAGUUUGGCAGAUCUGCGCCCCUCAAAAAGUUAAGGUUACGGCAUGGAGAAUUUUUCGGAAUAGGCUGCCUACCUGUGACAAUUUGAGCAAGAGAAACAUUUCGCUAGAUGAUGUGGAAAUCAUGUGCAAUGCUUGCUGCCAGGAAAAAGAGUCGGCGGACCACCUGUUUCGCUCCUGUCCGAAGACAGAAAUGAUUUGGAACGAGGUACAGAAAUGGACCAGGCUCUACACCGCACGGUCGGACUGCAAUGAGGCGCACUUUCACUCCUUUAUUCACAAGGGCAGAGGUAAGAACAUCAAGAAAUUCCUUGAAGCUCUUUGGACUUGCACCACUUGGCUUAUUUGGAAAGGUCGUAAUGAGAGUAGAUUCCAGAACAAGAACUGGGAAGUCCAGAAAAUGCUGGGCAAAAUCAAAGCGAGCCAAAUCCAUGUCUUUCUCGUCAUCAUCCCGGCGGAAUUUCAGCCACGAGGGCCGAGUUAUGUGCAGCCAUGGACUCCAAGCUUCAAUACCUUGAAGCUUCGAAUGAGGAACGAGAGGGAGCUGCGAGCGGCUGGAGCCCGGCUGCGCGUCGGGCAGGCUGAGGGCAGCAGCUAG